AAGACAAUCAAAACAUAACCAACAAAGCUAAAAAGUCAAGAACUAAAACAAAAUUAUUAUGUACCAAUCGAGCUAAAUUUUAUAACAUUGUAAUGUUAUAUAAAAAGUGUAGUAAACAGUAAUUUAACAUUUACCACGAUAAAAUUUAACAAAGUUUGAUAUUUAUAACGUUCUGCAAUCGAAAAGAGAUGUAUAAAACUAGCAGAAGCCUUAAAAGAAUUUUGGGACAUCAAAGUUUUGGGGAUUUACAUAAACUCAAUUUUAAUAGUGGUGUUGCCUUAAAAUAUCCUCGAAAUACGUCUAAUAAAACUUCACCUGGCAUUGGGCGUAAAUAUCAACUAAUAACGGAGAAAAAUUCACCACUAAUUGUACAUACAGUAGAUGAAAUUAAUUUAAAUAAUCAAUAUCCUCUGCUAAGUGACGAAUUUGAUGGAAUUAAUUUAGAAAGGGGAAAGAAUGGUGUUUUUGAAAUUGAAGAUUUAGUUGACCUAUUGCAUAGAGAAAACUCUAGAGAUGUAUUUGUUUCUACUGUUCCCAAACACAUAAAUUAUGUUAAUUACAUCUGUAUUGUGACAGCUAGAAGUAAAAAACAUAUUCAGGCUUUAGCAGAAUUUGUCAGAAAAGUAUAUAAGAGAAAAUGUAACAAAUCUGACUAUAUACCACGCUUAGAAGGAAAGGAUUCUGAUCAGUGGAUUGCUUUAGAUUUAGGUAAUAUUGCAUUACACAUAUUUUCAGAGAAAACUCGGAAAGUUUAUGAUUUGGAGACUUUAUGGUCUGUAGGCCCUGAAUAUGAUGAAGAAAUACACAAAAAGAGUGAUGUAGUUGAUAUACUAGAAAACUACAGUUCUUAUUUAAAAGACCUAAAACCUUUAGCAUAGUUGAUAUUGUAAUUAUUUACCUCUUAUUCUUAUUUAGCUCUUUGUCUGCAAUGUAAAUGACCAGCUUCUUCACAAUCUAAAGAGUAUAAUUUGAAUGUUAUUAUAGAACUAACCUAAGAGAUGACUGAUAAUACAUAUUUGUUUUUAUA